AUGGAUGAGUUGCUCAAAAACGCGAUGGAGGGAAUCGAAGCUAAGGAUUCCAAGGAUUCCAAACGGGGCGGGGACAAUGACCAGGACAAACCUUCCACAAAGAAACCGAAAACUGAAACCAAGAAGGAAGAGGAUACUAAAAAAAGGGAGGUAGACGAACCUAAGAAAGAUAACGACGGGAACAAGCCAUGGUCGUGGGCUCCGUCUGAUAGUGGUGGUCACAAUAAUGGUUACAAUAAUAGAUUCAACAACGGGAGAGGUGGUGGUGGUGGUCAAUACCAGUCUCGUUACCCUCCUCGCUACGGCGGAGGAGGUGGUUACAGGAAUUAUGGCGGAGGAGGUUACAAUGGUAACGGCGGAGGAGGUUACAAUGGUAACGGCGGAGGAGGUUACAAUGGUAACGGCGGAGGAGGUGGCCGUUUUCAAUCUCAGUCUCGUUACCCUCCUCGCUACGGAGGAGGAAACGGAAACGGCGGUUACAGGAAUAAUUAUUAG